AUGUUCCCGCCCAGAUAUCCAUUCGAGCCUCCUUCCAUGCGCUUCGAUAAUCCACGGGUAUGCAUAAGCAUCCUGCAUCCGCCUGGCCAGGAUAAGCUGAGUGGAGAAUCUGCCGCAGAACGUUGGAACCCUGCUCAUGGCGUCCGCAGUAUUCUACUUUCCGUGAUAUCGAUGCUGAAUGAGCCUAACAUUUCUUCACCGGCAAAUGUGGAUGCUUCUGUGAGCUACCGCAAUUAUAAGGGUAAUAAAAACAUUAAAAAUUGCCUCCAACAAUAA